AGUGAUGCAUUGUCCACAGCUUUGCUGGAGUCAGUAUUAUAUCAGUUAUUAUACAUCCUGUUUAUACUCGCUCUCUAUUUAGACAGUGUCUCAGACCCCAGCGCCAUCUAUAGUCUUGGACAACGCCAAAGGCUGUUGUUGCAGUGAAGCCUCCAGAUGGAGGGACUCAGCAACUGUCACUGGGGACAAUGGCUCUGGAUUCCACUGCUCUUUAGCUGCGUGUCUACGGAGGUGACAGGACCGGUCUGUGCCUGCAAGAAUUAUGGUUCUUGUGAUUUCAAAAUGCAAGAUGGCUUCCAGUUCUUUAGAAAAAGGAAUGUGGCUCUAGGCAUGCCAGCAACCAUGAGUUCCUCAUAUGAAAGUGAAGGGAGGUCUGGUCCGGCCUGUCUCGCUGUGAACGGUAAAAGAAACACCACCUUCAUACGUAUUAACGAAAACACACCAAAUCCUAGCUGUAUCCACACUGGUAAAGAUGACCGGAACCCCUACUGGGAGGUCGACCUGGGUGAGCCGUAUCCUGUAGCCAGCAUCACCAUCUACUGGAUAGACAGAUUUUAUUUUGAACGCGGUGACAAAGUCACUGUGACUGUGGACACACAGCUCUGCCACACAUUCCAAAACCCACUGUCCAACCCGUCCACAGUUACCUGUGGUGGUACAUCACUGACUGGACAAACCGUGAGGCUGUCUAAACGUGAUGUGAGCUCAGAUGACCACUACUUUCUCACUGUGUGCGAAGUUGAGGUCUGGGUCUGCUUGCCCGGAUUUUUCGGACCUGACUGUGAGAGAGCCUGUCCACUGUGUAAGAACAAGGAGACGUGUAGUCCUAUCGAUGGAGCAUGUCCACAGGGUAGUUCUAAAGGUGAAAGUUCCCAGGACUGUGGACGGUGUAAGGGAGGUAAAUCAUGCAACGCGACUACCGGCGAUUGUGAAGAGAGAUGUGAACAUGGAAGGAAGCUUCCUUUCUGCAACGAGACGGGAGAAACAUUUUCACCUUUGAACCCUGACAUGACACAGUUGGCUCUUCCAAUCGCAGCCUCUAUUGUGGUCGGCUCUUUUGUCAUAGGAAUCAGCAUAGGGAUCGCUCUAUAUUUGAGACGCCGUAAAGACCAGCACCAUGAACCUGAUGCCAGAGAACAAAGCGUGGCUGUAAUGGUUACAGAGGUCAGAGGUGACACCUUGCAACAUUCGUCAGCUCCUGCUGCUCAAACAUCAGGAGAGGGGAGGUAUCCUCCAUCUUGUAAAGGGUUUGAAGAAAGUAAUAUCGUGGGUCAGAGCAAGGUCCACAUUCCAAAGAAGACAGGAAAUGGUUACAAGCCUUUUCCCGUACGGAAAAAGAUAGCUUCCGACCCAGACGACAUCUAUGAGAACGAAGAAUACUAGGAAAUGGUUUAAUCUGUUUAUUUGCUUCUGAAAUAGACGAAAAAAACAGCAAACAUUUCGUUGAUCUACUGCGGGUGUUGCACACCUACCCGCAUCUCUGAGACGAGAUGUGGACAAAACAUCCACGACCCUCACUGUUGGUGCCUGGAGCCUUUUCUUGUUAUUGUAGAUACAUGUACAUACGCAUUCUGUAAACACAGCCUUACUCUGCUGAAUGUUUCACGAUGUCACAAUAUUUAAUAUAGUUUAAAAUGUGUUUUACACCAUUUUUUACGAAUUUUGUACACAAAAAACUUCCACUGCUGUGUAGUGUACACAUUGACUUCUUAUAAUGUGCACAUAAGUAAUAUUUUUCUAUUUUUCGAGAUAUACAUACGUUUUUACAUGCUGGUUAAUCGAAGCAAAAAUUAAGCUAGAGAGAAGUUUAAACUAACUGAUUAGAAAACUGUGAUUAGAAAAAUAAUUAUUUCAUCUCCAUUAUACAACUUCAUACAAUGUCCUAUGUAUCCAGUCCCAGAGACAAGUAUGGUGUAAGACAGAGCAUGUUUAUCAUUAACAAAUCAAUCAGCUUAAGAUGUACUAUCAAAAGAAUGAAAAUUAACUUCAUAUGAGAGAAGACUUUUCAAGAAUCUUACAUAGUGUAUACUUGUACUCUAUAAUAACUUGUGGCUGCCACAGUCUACAGCAACUAAGCUGCUUUUCUGUGUAAAUGUGAAGCCACUGUGCAGUUCUGUGUUCACACAUUCACAGGUUUUGAAAGCAGAUGCUUUUCAGUCGAUCACCGUGUACCAGAACUGUCCAAAUAUUAAUUUCUUGAGGCACACAUUUAUUGCUAUAUAAUUCUGUUCUUGUGCAAAUAUGGUAAUUAAUUAUACAGGAUCCCGAGCAGUUAAUUUUUUAUUGCGUGAAAU